AUGUUUACGAGCCCCCACGCCAAGUUCUCUCUCUCAGAGCCAGUGUUCAGUCCAGUCAAAUGGCUAGAAGGAGUAGCGGCUGAUAACUCGGCCCCUCAAUAUCUGCUACCUUCGCAGAGGGUUCAUGCAACUCUCGACGAGAUAGACAUCUCUGCUAUUGAGGUCAAAAUUGGCGAUUUUGGUGGAGCAACAUGGAAAGACUCUGUUUGUGAACAAAAGCCUGUUACUCCUAGAGCACUGCGUGCACAGAAGUCAUUCGACGAGAAAGGUGGGAUGAUAGCAUUGAUAUAUGGUAUAUUUCAGCUGGCCCCAGAUGAACCGCUGUUUCCGAUUGGGAGUUUUGGAAUGACUGCGGAGCAGUUUGAUGAGGCCCAUAAGGACCUUAUUGCCGAGUUCAUUGACAAAGACUUCACCAGUUUUAUGGGUUAUUUAAGAGAGCGGCUGCCGCAAGAAUCUCGACUAGAGGACAUUCAGGGAUUUGUAUCAUUCCUGUGCUGUAUGCUUCAAAAUGAUCCGCAGCAACGGCAAUCUGCAACUCAGCUGCUGAAACACUCCUGGCUUCAAGAAUAUUCCCGUUCUGGCUACUAA